CAACACCUGUUGGCAAUGGCAUUCAUUUGAUUGUAUGUAGGUAAAAUAAACUAAAACUACAAUUUUGCGGUUGAGGCCAGUAAAGACAGUUGAUUUUUGGGAAACAAUAAAAGUAAAAAAAAGCUUGUGCUUGCAAAAAUUUUACAUAUCAUUUUCGGUCGAUUACGAUAUAGAAGUAGAACUAGCAUUAAUAUGUUAAGAUCAUAUGUUUUAUUGGGCUUUGCGUGCAUCUUGUUGAUGUUGUUAGUCAAUCAAACCGGAACCCAACUAAACACAACCGCCAGCAAUUGGUGGGAGGAAGUGCCGAGAGUAAUAACUGAUAUUCUCACCAUGAAGGCCAAUAUUCUUACAGCUGGACCACUCGAAUUGGCCGCCAAUGCCAUCGAUGCGUUGUGUACAUCAACACUUUUUAUAGGACGAGUGCCACCACAAAUUACGCCGGAUAUUAAGAAAAUCCAUUUUCAAUACAUGACACCAUGCUAUAAUUAUAGUGUUCCUCUGCUGGAUGCCCAAAAACUUUGGCAACACUCGAAAUUCAGUAAGAAACGAAAAGUGGUUAUUCUGGCCACUGGUUGGACAAAUACCGUGAAUGAUUCAGCGGCUGUAUCAAUGAUUUCAAAGGCUUUCAUGUGCCGAAGGGAUGUUAAUUUUGUGAUUGUAGAUGCUGCAUACUAUGUAGACACGUUAUACAAGUGGUCAGCUCUGAAUACAGAUCUGAUUGGCGAGUAUAUAGCAGUGGGCUUAACCCAUUUGAUAAAGCUAACUCCUUUAAAAAAUAUACAUUUAAUUGGUCAUUCAUUGGGCGCCCAUAUAAUGGGAAACGCAGGACGGACAUUUAAGCGUCUGACGGGAGGACGUUUGGUGCCUCGCAUCACUGGAUUAGAUCCGGCAAAACCAUGUUUUAGGCGUGACAAACAGGCAUUGCCCGGGCUGCAGCGUGGCGAUGCCCAACUGGUGGAUGUUGUACACACAAAUAUUGGCAUUUUGGCAAAACGAGGUCCUCUCGGCGAUGUUGAUUUUUAUCCAGGUGGAGCACAUCCCAUACAGCCUGGUUGUCUAACCAUCGGUUGCUCUCACACACGAGCUGUUGAAUAUUUGGCAGAAAGUGCCUAUUCGGGGCAAGAAUCACAUUUUCUUGGCAUCAAAUGCAAAUCUUGGGAUGAGCUUAGACGCAGAGAUUGCACAGCAGGCAGUACAUCGUCCAUGGGAUAUGUUAUAGAUACAGCAGCUCGUGGUAUAUAUUAUGUGGAUGUAAACGGUUGGCCGCCGUUCGGACGAAAUUUGAAAGGAUCAUCCGUCAAAGAUCCUAGAACCCGUCACUGUUACUUGUGUCAAGCAUCGUCGUAGUCGAAAAGAAAAAGAAAAACAGUUUUAACUAGA